ACGGCGGCGGCCGAGGGGGCGGUGGCUACGAGGGGCGUGCGGAGCAGGCGGAAGAGGCGUCCUUCCGGGCGGCUAGGUCGCAGAGGAUCAUCGUCGGGAUCAACGACUAUCACCUGUUCUACAAAAUGAGUAACAGCCACCCUCUUCGCCCCUUUACUGCAGUGGGGGAAAUUGAUCAUGUGCACAUUUUGUCUGAACAUAUUGGUGCCUUGCUGAUUGGGGAGGAAUAUGGCGACGUCACAUUCGUUGUGGAAAAGAAACGUUUUCCUGCCCACAGGGUAAUUUUAGCUGCGAGGUGCCAAUAUUUUCGAGCAUUACUGUAUGGUGGGAUGCGAGAAUCUCAGCCCGAAGCAGAAAUCCCUCUCCAAGACACCACCGCAGAAGCAUUCACCAUGCUGCUUAAAUACAUCUACACUGGGCGGGCAACACUGACAGAUGAGAAGGAGGAGGUGUUGCUGGACUUUCUGAGCCUGGCUCAUAAAUAUGGAUUUCCAGAGCUGGAGGAUUCUACCUCUGAGUAUCUCUGUACCAUACUUAACAUUCAGAAUGUCUGCAUGACUUUUGAUGUUGCCAGCCUCUACUCACUUCCCAAGUUAACUUGCAUGUGCUGCAUGUUUAUGGACAGAAAUGCUCAGGAGGUGCUCUCCAGUGAAGGCUUCCUCUCCCUUUCUAAGACAGCACUUUUAAACAUCGUAUUAAGAGAUUCAUUUGCAGCUCCCGAGAAAGAUAUUUUCCUAGCCUUGUUAAAUUGGUGUAAGCACAAUUCAAAGGAGAAUCAUGCUGAAAUCAUGCAGGCUGUGCGUUUGCCUCUGAUGAGCCUCACUGAACUUCUGAACGUUGUGAGGCCUUCAGGACUGUUGUCUCCCGAUGCCAUUCUGGAUGCUAUUAAAGUUCGAUCAGAGAGCCGGGAUAUGGAUCUCAAUUACAGAGGCAUGCUCAUCCCAGAAGAAAAUAUUGCAACCAUGAAGUAUGGAGCCCAGGUUGUAAAAGGGGAGCUGAAGUCUGCCUUAUUAGAUGGCGAUACUCAAAACUACGAUUUGGAUCAUGGAUUUUCUAGGCACCCAAUUGAUGAUGACUGCCGUUCUGGCAUUGAGAUUAAGCUAGGUCAACCAUCUAUCAUCAAUCACAUACGGAUACUCCUGUGGGACCGAGAUAGCCGGUCUUACUCAUACUUCAUUGAAGUGUCAAUGGAUGAACUUGAUUGGAUUAGAGUGAUUGACCAUUCACAGUAUCUAUGUCGUUCUUGGCAAAAGUUGUAUUUUCCAGCCCGUGUCUGCAGGUAUAUUCGAAUAGUUGGAACUCACAACACAGUGAACAAGAUUUUUCACAUUGUGGCUUUUGAAUGUAUGUUUACAAACAAAACCUUCACUCUUGAGAAGGGGCUGAUAGUUCCCAUGGAGAACGUUGCAACAAUUGCGGAUUGCGCCAGUGUGAUUGAAGGAGUCAGUCGGAGCCGAAAUGCCUUGCUGAAUGGCGACACCAAGAAUUACGACUGGGAUUCCGGCUACACGUGUCACCAGCUAGGAAGUGGUGCGAUUGUGGUUCAGCUGGCACAGCCAUACAUGAUCGGGUCCAUACGGUUACUACUUUGGGACUGUGAUGAUCGAAGCUACAGCUACUACGUUGAGGUCUCCACCAACCAGCAACAGUGGACCAUGGUGGCCGACAGAACGAAAGUCUCCUGCAAGUCCUGGCAGUCUGUAACUUUUGAGAGACAGCCCGCCUCCUUCAUCCGAAUCGUGGGAACACACAACACAGCAAAUGAGGUGUUCCACUGCGUCCACUUUGAGUGUCCGGAGCAGCAGAGCAGCCAGAAGGAGGAAAGCAGCGAGGAGUCAGGGCCUGGGGAGCCCAGCCUGGCGGGUCCGCAGCUCGACCCCCACGCCCUGCAGGCCCCAGGGGGCAGCUCCCUGCCUUCUAGCCCGGGCUCUGCCUCUCGCUCGCCCAACCGGCAGCACCAAUAAAGGAGGCGCGGACAUGGAGGCAUGCGGUGGGCCCCGAGGGCAGGGGCCAGGACUGGCAUCCUCCCGGGAGGGAUCUCCGCCGCCAGCCCCUCUCCCCUCCUGGGAGGAGCAGACGGCGCUGGCAAAACGGACACAGGACAGGCUUUCUCCCAAGGACAGAAAGGGGCCACGUUGUUCUCAAUUUGUCAAAUCAGGCUGGUCUCCAGGGGGAGAAAAUGGGUCUUCAAUCUUCAUCAAGUCCACCAUUAACACCCUACCUCUCUAAUCUAACCCGGGCAAAGAGGCCGCGGUGGACGGGCCGGUGUCGGAAUGCUGCGACGGCACCACGCUCGGGAGAACCCAUCAGGCCUUUAUUACCUCCAGGCACCCUUUAGGAAGUGGGUUUCCAUAGAGUGUUUACUUUUCUGGAACACAUUGCCCUGGCAACUAAAUGAUUUUUUCUUUCUUUUAGUUAUUGUCCAUUUGCUGAAUCAUAGGUGUUCCAGAUCUUUUUGAAAUGCUCAAACAGCAAAUCAUUUGUUUUAUUCCCCUUUGACGCUGUAAUUUUCCUUCCUUAGUUUUGAACGGUUAGGCCUGGGGUGGAGCGGAGAAAGGCUGUGCACAGCUCCUGAAUGAGGCACAGAUGCAGCUCAUCAUGGCACCGAGGCUGACAAGGAAAAUCCUCUGAGGAAGUUCAAAAAAAUACACAAUGAGCAAAUCAAUCCGAGGACACUGCAGUUAAUAAUCACUCGAAUUCCUGAGUUAUUAACCUGUCAUUCCUGAAACGUACCCAGCCCUUAAGCUUGGGAGGCUGACAAGGAAAUGGUUAUUUUUGCCACCUGCUAAUUUCCUGUUCCUGAGUCUGUAAACGUAUCUGUAAGUCCGCAGCAGCUUCCGGUAGGGCUGAGCCCGCCCCUGAAUCACCACCGGUUAGCCAGGCCCGCGGGGACGGUAGUCCCCUGUGCCGGCCAGUGUCAGCAGCAUGCUCCUGGGGCUUUGCAGGGUGGUCAUGGCGGUUCAGUCUUCACUGUGUUUCCUCCGCAGACCUGACUACUUGGCCAAGGUUGAGAAGAAAAAGUAGUUCUAAGAAGCUUUUCUCCUCAUCCUCAUUGAGCCGAUCGCUGCCGCAGCCUGGCAGGGCUGCGCUCCCUCUCCUUCCUUCCUUAGUGCUUUCCAGCCCGGCGCUAACUACCCUUUGUAACGUGCUUAGCCUGCUGUCUGGGGUUCACUCACCUCCGGAGCCCGGCCAGGCUGAGCACCGCGGUCCCCUGGCCCCCCAGACGCAGGCCCAGGUCCUCUGCACACCCUGUGACCCCCACUUGGAGGAGGGUGGGCUUACAGGGGGUUCCUUUUGGGGUCUUACACUCACUGGUUGCGGGUGGACACAGAGCCCCUCUAAGUAAAUGCUCUCCCCAGUGUAGCUUGGUCUUGAGUGAUCUCUCACUAUGGCAACAGCAGCGGGGCAUCAAACUACAGGAUUAAGCCGGAAGGUGGGCCUUCUGUUUGAACAGGAGCAGAAGGAGAUAGUUGGGAAGGGAGGUGCGGGGAGAGGAGCCACAGCACCGCCCAUCAGCUCAGCUCACUCAUCUCACCCCUACCCCACUGUGUGGAGCAACUGGAACCCCUGAGGGGUGCCAGGCAUCUCACAGGAGACGGGAGGCUCCCAUGACAGAUGGCAGUGCCGCUCGCUCGCCAUGGGUGGCCGCGCUGUAUGACUUGGCCACUGCCGUUGUCAGCAUCCAGGACGCGGUCACCAAUUAGAAGGAAGAAUUCCUGUCUACUCGGCACUUCCCUACACAGCACGGUCAUUACCCGGCAGGGAACAGAAGGAGCCGAGAAACCAGCGAGUGCAGAGUUCAGACGCCUGGAAAGUCUCCAUUCAAGGGUUUCUUUUUAAACUUUGAGGUCACCUGUCCAGAGAUGAGUCCCUGGGCUUGGCUGGCACCGCUGACCUGGGAAGAGGUGAGUGGGCUGGUUGAGGACCUGGAAAGUUCGAAUCCUCUACCUCCAGACCGUUGGUCCCACGGGCCCACCGCACACGCCACCAGGCCAGGUCUGGCAGCCCCGUGUCACAUCGAAGAGGCACAGGCCGAGAAGCUUCUGCACCCGACCCACAUGUGGGUGCCUCCCAGCCAGCAGCUGGCUGCCUCUUCCCCUCCCCUGCGGAUCCCUUCCCUCGGCUCUCCUUGCACAUACUUGCCCUGAGGGCUGUCUCAGGGGAUGGGAGUUUGUCAGAUAAGGAAAGGAAGGGGAGGAUGAGGUGGUGGCACUGGCCUGCGGCAGCAGGGAGGACAGGGACACGGCCUCCUUCCCACCCCACAGCUGUGGCCAUCAGGUCCCCGCACUUGCGUCUCCUGGGCCUGGCGGGAGGCCUCACUUGCAUAGAGGCCCACUCUAGAUCCCAGGCAGACACCAAGGAAGCUCCGAGAGGCUGCUCUGGUCUACCCUGUUAUCAGGCCAGUGGGUUCUGCCUUUCGUGAUGGGCCUUUUAAUUUGGGAAGCAGGGGAGGUGGGGGGCUCUUUCUGCAGACCCCAGUCAAACUGUGGGGCCCCAGCUAGACCAAAAUGGCCCCCACACUUGAAAAGACCAACAGAGCUAAAUGGGAGUGCAGGUAAGACAGGCCGGCCCACAGCCGGGAGGGGUCCCGGAUGCCUGCAGGGUCCUCGACCCAGUGUUGGGUGGAUGCUGUUCCCCUGUGAAGUGUGAGGAAGGAGUCACAGCCGAGUCACGCGGGGCCGGGGCACAUGAGGGCCCCUGUCCUAUGCGGGUACAGACUGCGUGGUCUGAGGAGAGGUCAGGGGAAGCCUGGCCCUCCGGGGGACCGAUAGCUAGGUGCUGGUGGCCUCUGGCCCAUUAUUGUGAUGCUUCUCAGUUACUGUGAAACAACACCCUUGCAACCACCAUUCAGGUCGGGAAACAGAACAUGACCGGACCCCCUGCCCUUUCCUUUAGGCCAUGAUUUGGGGAGAGUAAGAAUCCACUGCUCUGGGGCUUUGGGGGAUAGCCUUUGCCUCCUGACAGCUGCUGGGAGGGCCGCCUGGGGUGAUACUGGGCACCGCAGGUGGGGCCUGCGUCCACUGCGUCCACUGGCGGCCUGCUCGUCCGAUCCAGCACCGCCGAUCUGAAGCAGGGUAAUAGUAUGACAGGCACGCCACACGCCCACACUUGUUUCCCAUAUUCUCAGUGCUUCUUCCUGUUUCACUUCCGACUUCCGUUAGAACCACGAGCCUGUGACGGACGUGGGGCUCUUCUCAACUGCUCUUUAAAUUGUCACUUUUUAAUCUUAUUAAAUGAAGUGUUGGUUCCUGA